AUGAACCCGUAUCAGCCUCCAUACCAUCAAGGCCCACCUGGUCACGGACCUCCAGGCCAUGGCCCACCUGGUCAUGGACCUCCUGGCGGCGGACCACCCUUCUAUCCACCGCCAAUGUUUGGAAAGUACCAGGGAGGCCCACCAAUGAUGCAUCAUCAUCCUCCUCCCGGAAUGUUCCCACCGGGACACUUCCCUCCGAUGCCACCGCCUCCUGGUAUGCACCCAGGCGGCAUGAUGAUGCAUCCCGACAGACAAGGAGUCAUUUCGAGUGAACGUGAUGUUGGACGUGACAGUGGACGUGAGGGUGGUCGUGCGCCCCUGCUGCCGCUGCCCGCGCCCACCAGAGAGAUACACAACUCGCAACUCAUGUCAAUAUACGUUGGCAAGAUACCAGAGACUCUAGAUGAUGGCUUCAUCAGGAAGCUGAUUGGUCUUUGUGGCAAGGUCGUCAAAUGGAACAGAGCAUCAGACACAAGUGGCAAGCUGAAAGGCUUUGGCUUCUGCGAGUAUGACUCUCCCGAGGGAGUCUUGCGAGCAUUGAGACUACUGAACAAUCUUCAACUUGAUGACAAGAACAUACUUGUCAAGGCAGAUGAUAAGGUACAGAAGUUGUUGAAUGAUUAUGUUGAACAAAGGAAUCAGGAACAGCAUGAGGCCGCGACGGCCAAGGGUAUUGUCUCUGAGAAUGGUACCGAACAAUCAGAGGAGGCAAAGCUGAGUGAGACACAAGAGGAUGAUCGUGUCAAGGAGACUAUACAGCAGUUGAUCGAAUCGAUUCAGCCAGAGAUUGAUGAGAGGAGGAGGCAACGAGAGAACAAGCCUGUCGAGCCAGUGAACAAUGAACCAAAGACAUUCGAUCUGCGACUGAUGACAAAGGAGGAGAAGAUUAGAAUGGCCGCAAAAGAGAAGGAAAGAGAGAUUGAACGCGAGAGAGACAGGGACCAAAGACGAAAGGAAAGAUAUGAACGAGAGUUCAAGGAUAAGGAGAGGGAUUGGGAAGCCCGCGAGGCAAAGUACGAGAGGGAAAGAGAUCGCGAGAAGGAGCGUGAGCUUGAGCGUGAGCGCAAUGAGCUCAACAUCAGACGUCAAGAGAUGGAGGAGUACAACAGUGACGAUGAGCGAAUGAAGAAGCGUCUAAAGUCGCAUCAGGAGAUCAAGCGACGACAGAAGGAGCGAGAAGAGGAUCUACGUGAUCGCGAGCGUGACGUCGAAGCCGCUCGUAUGAAGAUGGUGGCAUCGAAUGGCGCUGGUGUCGCUGGUGGCAGUGGAAGCGGACUGACGGCAGAGACCAUCAACAAGAUUCAGAUUGACUUCUCGGCCAAGCGUGCCGCUCGUCUCAACGUCGCCAGUGGCUUCAACACCCAGGCUGAGGAGCCCGAGCUCGCAGCCAAGAAGAAGGAGUUCAUUCUGUUAGACUACAAUGAGAUCGUCAACAUCGAAGAGCCCCAAGAAACACAGCAACAACAACCACCAACUAUAUAUCAACAACAUCUACAAUAUCAACAACAACAGCAGUUACAAAUGCAACAACAACAAUUACAACAACAACAACAAGCCAUUGCCUUCAACAAACAUGUACAGGAUACCAAAGCAUUGGCGGCGGCCGCUGCUUCGAACACACCCAAGCCCAAGUCCAAGGAGGAGGUGCAGAAGAUCAUCGACUCUAUUCCAGCCGACAAGGAGGCUUUGUUAAGCUUGAAGAUGGGCUGGGACACAAUAGAGCGACUGAACAUCGUGGACAACAAAAUGAAGCCAUGGAUUGCCAAGAAGUUGACAGAUAUCAUUGGUGUCGAGGAGGUGGCAUUGGUCGAUCACAUCACCACCCAGCUCAAGGCGCGCGUCGAGUCCAACGCACUCAUCACGCAGCUUCAUGAAAUGAUAGAUGAGGAGGCCGAGAGCUUUGUGUUGAAGAUGUGGAGGAUGCUGGCCUUUUACGAGAAGUCAGCGUUGUAG